AUGUACGGUACAACUUUUGUCAUGUGUUUAGUUUAUUACACAAGUACAAAGAGAAAUAUUAUCAGAAAAGAAGAAGUUUCACAGAUAACCAAAGGAUUAAGAUCAAAAAAGCAAUAUUUGACCUGUACUAGCAAAUUCUACACUGUUCUCCGAAUUCUCGCUCUUGAAAGGAACCCCUCAAAUAUUGAAAACUCGGAAAGUCACAAAAAAAAACAGAAACAGAAACCGUUAAAGGAGCUUAAGUUAGAUGAGUAUCAAAACCUCAAGGCAAAUGAAAGAAAGUAUGCUAACAGUAGUAAAAUUACAUGA